GACCAGAUCUUCUGCUAGACAUGGUUGAACAGUUGCUGGGUAUCCCACCAGAAUGAAGGAAAGGGAAUGCUUUGUCUUCGAGAUACUAAUUAGCUGAUUCAAAUUUGGUCCAAAGACUCAGUUUUUUGCACUAAUAGGAGCCUCUCUGGACAAUCAGUGCAGCAACUAGAUGGAGCAGAGGAAGGGCCAGAGAUUAGUGCUUUUUCCUUUUCCCUUCCAAGGCCACAUAAAUCCCAUCAUUCAGCUGGGAAAUAUUCUCCAUUCCAAGGGUUUCUCCAUCACCAUAAUCUGCACCAACUUCAACUCUCCCAACCCUUCAAAUUACCCCGACUUUGACUUCCAUUUCAUCAAUGAAAACUUAUCUGAAGAUGAAAAAUGUAAUCCCAAUAUUGUGGCUCUUAUUCAACUGAUUAAUGUUAGAUGUGCACAGCCUCUCCGUGAUUGCUUGGCUGAGUUAUUGUCUAAUGUUUCGAAGGAGCCUAUUGCAUGCUUGAUCUCGGAUUUUGCUUGUCACUUUACUCAAGCUGUUGCAGAUGAGCUUAAGCUGAAGAGGAUAGUCAUGAGGACUGGUGGAGCGACCUCCUCUUCUGCUUAUGCUGCAUUUCCUCUUUUGAGGGAGAAGGGAUACCUUCCUUUACAAGAUUCUCAAUUAGAGAAGUUGGUGGUAGAGCUUGCACCUCUCAGGGUCAAAGACCUUCCCCUCCAUGACUCAUGUGCCCCUGACGAAUAUUAUCAAUUAGUAGAUGACAUGGUCAAUAUGACGAGGACCUCUUCAGGAUUCAUAUUAAAUAGCUUUGAGGAUCUUGAGCAACCUGCCCUGGCUACACUACGCCAGGAAUUUGGCAUCCCAGUUUUUCCAAUUGGUCCAUUUCAUAAACGCUUUCCAGCCUCUUUGAGUAGCUUAUUAACCCAGGAUCAAAGCUGUAUUUCUUGGCUAGACAAACAAGGACCCAGAUCAGUUGUUUAUGUCAGCUUUGGAAGUUUGACAGCGGUUUAUGAAAUGGAACUUUUAGAGAUAGCUUGGGGCUUAACCAACAGCAAGCAGCCCUUCCUGUGGGUGGUUAGGCCUGGAUCAACCAUCAACUCUGACUGGCUUGAAGCAAUGCCAAAAGGGUUCCUGGAAGCUUUGGAUGAAAGGGGAUGCAUAGUCAUGUGGGCUCCACAACAGGAAGUGUUGGCUCAUCCAGCAAUUGGGGCAUUUUGGACUCACAAUGGUUGGAAUUCAACGUUGGAGAGCAUAUGUGAAGGGGUUCCCAUGAUUUGUAUGCCUUUUUUCAUGGAUCAAAGGGUUAAUGCCAGAUAUGUAACCGAGGUUUGGGGAGUUGGUGUGCAAUUGGAGAAGCGGGAGAGAGGGAUGAUAGAGAGAGUCAUAAAAGGAGUAAUGAUGGAGGAAGAGGGGGAAGAAAUAAGAGGCAGAGCAUUGAUCUUAAAGGAGAAGGCAACUCAAUGCCUCCAUGAAGGUGGUUCUUCAUAUCAGUCACUGGAUAGCUUGGUUAGUCACAUUUCAUCACCAUAAUCGUUUAUUUUUCAUGCUGAAUUAUUGUUAUCCAUGAAGUACUCUAUUUCAAGUGGUAUUCUAUGUUGAGAUUUGCGUGGUCGAAUUUGAAUACAGAGAUGAAUAAAAUCAUUGGAAGCAC